UACCGGCUAAUUUCAGGUUUCAUUAUCAGUUUUACAACUGCAAAAAAUGUUCAUAUUUACUUAUGCCAUAUUUAUAAUACUUUCUUCAAGCUCGCUUAAAGCUUUUUACUGCGCUUUUAACAACACUUAAUAACACUGCUGCCACUGCACUUUACCGCUAUACCGUAUUCUCUUUGAUUUCUCAAUUUCGACCACAAAUGAGUAUAGAAUGAAGACAGUCUUCAGUCAUGAAUGAAAAAGAAAAGAAAUGAAAUCAAAACUGCUGAAUCGACAUGCUAUGAAAUGGGGUUAAAGCAUUUUUUUCGCUACAGCUUUAAUUGUUUCUAAUUGUAAGAGCGCUUUUGUGUAACGAGCUUUGAGAAACUUUAUACUUUUUCACCGAGCAGAAAUUGAAGAUGAAGUAAGUUCUUUUUUUGGGAUUUCAAGGCAAAAAUGUAAAAAAUGAAAAUAAAAAAUUAAAUUCGAAAUCAAAGCGAACAAAAUAAACUAACGGUACAUAAAUGCAAGUGGCGGUGUAAGUAAGUAAGUGACGAAGCAAUGCAAAGCAGCAAAUAAAAAGACGGCCACAAAAACCUGAAAUUGUGAACAGUGUGCUGUGCAUAUAAAAAAGUAGUAAAAAACACGAUGGAAAUAGCUUUUAAGGGAGUUGAUGGGUUUGUGGGUGCAUGCACAGUGGAGAUUAGAAGCCGUCUUUUGGGUGCUGUGUGUUGCAAGCUUUGUAAAAAUGAGAAAAACAAGAGAAAGAAAAUGCAAAAAGUAGUAGAAAACUUGUAAUAGUUGGCUAGCUAAACUGUAGUGGCAACGGUAAUGGUUACAGUUACUUUCACAUGAAAACCAAAUGCGUCUAUAAAAUCAGUACACUCUUCUCUCUACUAAAGUUUCUAAACCCAUUUGCUUUUGUUGUUGCGCUUACAAUGUAACUAUAGUUUACUACUUGCUUGUUGUUGUUGUGGAUUUGCGUUUCAUAGCAAUGGUUUUUGUUUGUCUUAGUUUUUGGUGAUUAUUUUUUCAUGUACACCUUUUGUCUCAAUAAACGUGGCAACUGCCUUAGAAGUGUGUUAAGUUGACCAAAAAACAAAACGGCUUAGUCCAUAGUAUAAAAGCCAACCAGCCGCAGUAGAUGAGGAAUAAAUAGAAGAAGAAGCAGGAGUAGUAGUAAAAGGGGCGCAUAACAAGUGAUAAAAACGGUACACACACAACUGUUGUUUGGAACUUUGUAUCGCACAAGCAAAAACCACUACUAUCUACACUCGGCAUGCAACACUGCAUAGACAACGACGUCAAUGUACUUCAAAAAACAAUAACUUUUACGUUUUCGAAUUGGGUUUUUUGGGUUGGAAGAAAUCGCACAAACGAAAAACGUUCGUACGGCCAAUGUAUUGAAGUGUUGUUUGGCGAAAUUCUGUCGUCAUUGCAAUAAUAACAAGACAAAAGACGCGAAAGGAAAUGUGGUGAAUUUGAAGUGAAGAAGAUGGAUGAAUCAAUUUAAAAUUUAAUAACAGAAUUUAUGCCUAAUAUCUAAUUAAUAUUACAUAAUUUGUGGCCGUAGAAAAUCAAAGUCUGUAAUAGGAUAAAAAAACCGGAAAUAUUGAUGAUACCAAGUCUAUAGAAAUCAGAUAAGACGAGCUAAAGAUAACCUCCAAAGUUGCCAAACAAUUGAAAUAUAAUAUUUUACAUACCAAGAAUAAUCGAUGAUCUAUGAACCUUCACUUGCUUCAAAUCAUCGACACCAAAGCAACUGUGUCCAAAAUUCGAAGUAUAAUAACAAGUUUAGAUACCCUGCAGAAGCAUUUCGUGAAAAAUAUGUCAGGAGCUGACGUUACGAAAGAAUUUUCUUCGAUAUAUCUGCUCCAAGUCUCGAAAAGGAUCCUGGCUGGAUAGGAUAGUCUAGAAUUUUUAAACUCACUGUCAAAAUUUUCGGGGAGAAGACGAAAUAGAAUAUAUCAAUUUCCAAUAAUUCAAACCUUUUCGAAAAAUAAGGUUAAAUCUCUCACUCUCUAGCCGUCCCGAGAAACUAUCUGCUGUAAAAAUAAAACGGAUUUGGAAAUUUCGAACUCGUUCAAGACGUUUCGUCCAUCAAUGAAGCUUUAAUUUGCAACUGGAGCAGUUGUCCGAGACUUUUCAUUUCUAAGCACCAUUGUAAUUUCGGAAUCUAAGGGAACUGUGGAACGGCAUCUCAAACUCACUGCGUACCGCUGCAGCAGAAACAAUUGGUUUUCGGCAACGACAAAAAACAAGCUGGUACGAUGAGGAAUGCCGUCUCGCAGCGGAGAGAAAGCAGACUGUCUACCUCGCAACGUUGCAAACGACCACAACACGUGCGGGAUGGGAUAGAUACCGAGAGCUGAAGAGGGAAGCGAGACGCAUCUGCAGACAAAAAAAGAAAGAGGCCGAAAUGUGUGAGUAGGAAGAGCUUGAGAAGCUGGCAGACAGAGGUAAUGCUCGAAAAUUUUAUGAAAAAAUGAAGCGACUUAACGAAGGUUUCAAGACCGGAGCAUCCUCAUGUAGAGACCAAGGUGGUAAUCUGGUAACCGAUAUCCAGGGCAUACUGGGAUUAUGGAGGGAACAUUUCUCCGACCUGCUGAAUGGCAGUGAGAGAACAACACCAGGAGGCGAACCCACUAUCGAUGACGAUGGAACAGAUGUUCCAUUACCCGACCAUGAAGAAAUCCGAAUAGCAAUUACCCGCUUGAAGAACAACAAAGCAGCGGGGGCCGAUAGAUUACCGGCAGAGCUAUUCAAAUACGGCGGCGAAGAACUGAUAAGGUGCAUGCAUCAGCUUCUUUGCAGAAUAUGGUCGGAAGAAAGCAUGCCUGACGAUUGGAAUCUCAGUGUGCUCUCCCCAAUCCAUAAAAAGGGAGAUCCCACAAUCUGCGCCAAUUACCGUGGGAUCAGCCUCCUAAAUAUCGCAUACAAGGUUCUACCGAGCGUACUGUGUGAAAGACUAAAGCCCACCGUCAACAAACUGAUUGGACCUUAUCAGUGUGGCUUUAGACCUGGAAAAUCGACAACUGACCAGAUAUUCACCAUGCGGCAAAUCUUGGAGAAGACCCGUGAAAAGAGGAUUGACAUACACCACCUUUUUGUCGAUUUUAAAGCUGCUUUCGACAGCACAAAAGGAGCUGCCUUUAUGCCUCGAUAUCUGAAUUUGGUAUCCCCGCAAAACUAAUACGGCUGUGUAUGUUGACGUUGAGCAACACCAAAAGCUCCGUCAUGAUUGGGAAGGACCUCUCCGAGCCGUUCGAUACCAAACGAGGUUUCAGAGAAGAUGAUUCACUAUCGUGCGACUUCUUUAACCUGAUGCUGGAAAAAAUGAUAAGAGCUGCAGAACUAAAUAGAGACGGUACAAUCUUCUACAAGAGUGUACAGCUCCUGGCCUACGCCGAUGAUAUUGAUAUCAUCGGAAGCAACAACCGCGCCGUUUGUUCUGCUUUUUCCCGCAUGGAUAAGGAGGCGAAGCGAAUGGGUCUGGAGGUGAAUGAGGACAAGACGAAAUAUCUCCUGUCAUCAAGCAAACAGUCAGCGCAUUCGCGUCUUGGCUCCCACGUCACUGUUGACAGUCAUAACUUCGAGGUCGUAGAUAAUUUCGUAUACCUGGGAACCAGCAUCAACAACACGAACAAUGUCAGCCUCGAAAUCCAGCGCAGAAUAACUCUUGCCAACAGGUGCUACUUUGGACUGAGUAGGCAAUUGAACAGUAAAGUUCUCUCUCGACGAACCAAAAUCAAGCUCUACAAGUCUCUUAUCAUUCCCGUCCUGCUUUACGGUGCAGAAGAUUGGACGAUGUCAACAUCAGAUGAGACGACACUAGGAGUUUUCGAGUGGAAAAUUUUGCGCAAGAUUUAUGGUCCUCAGAACAAUGGCAACGGCGAAUACCGCAGACGAUGGAACGAUGAGCUGUACGAGUUAUACGACGACAUUGACAUAGUUCAGCGAAUAAAAAGACAGCGGCUACGCUGGCUAGGUCAUGUUGUCCGAAUGGACGAAAACACUCCAGCCAUGAAUGUGUUCGAUGCAGUACCCGCCGGAGGAAGCCGAGGAAGGGGAAGGCCUCCACUCCGUUGGAGGGACCAGGUGGAGAGCGACCUGGUUACACUUGGGAUCUCCAACUGGCGCCGAACUGCUAAGGAGAGAGAGAGGUGGCGCACUAUCGUCGAUUCGGCUAUAACCGGCUAAACGGUUGCAACGCCAAUCACAUACAUACAAAAACGUUUUUUCUGUGAUUCAUACAAAAUUUAACUUUAGUUUUGAUAUUUUCUUUGAAAACUAUUAAAACUGUUCUCCCUCAGUCAGUCAAUUGUACCUUUAACUAACAAAUAAUUGUAUUCCAAGUCAUGAAAGGAACUCAUUAAAACCUUUAACGUGCCUUUUAAAAACAGAAACGAUAAAAAUUAAAUUAAGCAGUAUUUUAAUAGCAACACUUAUCGCUGGCAAAAUAAAUCGCUGCUGGCGAAUUAAUGUAAAAUGUACACUACAAUAUCAAUAUCAGGUAAAGGAAUUAAGUGGGUAAUAAUUCUGGUGGAAAAUCGACAAGCGGUAAUUUUCCAUAGCGCUUAUAUUACAGCUAACUCUUUCUCCCCCGCUAUCUCUCUUUCACUAGCCUUCACAAGCUUGCUGCAACGCUGCAAAUGAUUACACUUUCGCAUUUCCUGUCCAAUAAAUCAAACAAAUUCAUCAAAAAUUUCCCAGCAAUUUCCUGUAUCUCGGCUAAUAAAUUUCAUCAAUGCACCUGGAAGCCAAUGAAGCAAACAUCUAGGCCACACAUAAACUCACAUGCGAACACAGGCAUUCAUAUACUCACGCACACAUAUGUUGAUAGGCGUGAACGAGCGUGUGUGUGGGUUUGUGCCUUGACAUGCUUUAGCCAUAAACCAUUUGGCGUUUGUAUUGACUGAAUUAUGAGCGGCGUACGUGAGCGAAUUUUAUUUCCGCUAUUAAUCCUAAAAUGCUAUAUUUUUCAUUAUUCGGUUUUCACAUCAGCUCGGAUGUGUAUGCAUGUAUUCAGCUGCAUUACAUACAUAUAUGUGUGCAUCUACUAUCUGUGCAAGCCGCAGACACGUAGACGUUUGCCAACAAUUUUUGCUCUCCACGUAACCUUUAUUCACGGCAAAUAUUUCAAUUUUUACAACCAUGUACUUUAAUUUGAUUUUUCAUUUUUCAUUUCUAUUUGCGCGAUGCUCAUUUUUUAUCUUGUAGCAAUCAUUUUUAUACGCUUGCAUAUGCAAUUGCAUUGCCUUGCUUAUUUAUUCUAUAUUAUUUAGACUUAGUACGAAUCAUGUAAGGUGCUUGAAAUGCGUGUGGUUUUGAAAUUGAGGGCAUAUUGCUGAAGGUCAUAUCAAAAGCAGGCAGUUUUAUUUAUAUUAAAGACAGUAUUUUGAUAGAUUUCUAUUUGAUAGAAGGCAGUUAUGCCCUACAAAUAAUCAAAUAUCCGUUAAGUCUCAAUAUAUUGCGCCCAAAUGUAGGCAACGUUUAUUUCAAAAUUUCUUUUUUUGAGUUCAGAACUUCGAUAUUGACGUGAGCGUGAGCUCAAUAUGAUUAAAAGUGCAGAAAAAUGUUAUUACAAACUAUACAAGUCUAGUAAAUUUAGGUUACAGAAAGGUAUAUACCGUUUAGAUAUUCCUGGAACCACAUUUCCGUUUCACAAAUUUAUUAUUUUAUAUUCACAUGUGGACUAACAAAUUUAAAUAACAUUUCAUAGUAAUUGAGUACUAAAUAAUAAAUUUAUAUCAUAAGCUGAAACCACUGCGCCUAAAUGUAGACAAUCUUUUAUUUAGAAUCCAUUUGUUGAGUCAUACUGAGAAUUUGGUUAGAAAGUGAGUUCAAUUCACAUAAAAAUACCGUUACAAACUAUAGAAACUAAAUAGAUACUAUAGUACCCAGUCAACUUGGGUUACAGAACGGAAUAUACUGUUUAUGUAGAUAUCCCUAGAAUACCACUUUGGUUUUGCAAAUUUCUUUCUGUCACAAAAUAAAUUUAAAUAACAUUUAAAAGUGGUUGAGUACUAAAUAUCAUCUUUUAUAAGGUAACCUCAAAAAAUGCGCCUAAAUGUAGGCAAAGUUUCAUUUGGAUACAAUUUUACCAUUAUCUGAUACUGAUGUGAUAGUAAAUCUAAAAAAUGUGCAAUAAAACUAAGAAGUUAUUCAAUAUCAAACGUAGAAAUACAGCUUUUGGCCCUACGUAAUACAAAUUGCGCCUAAUUAUAGGCAAUGCUCCUUAUAGAGUGAUUUCUUACACUUACUGACGAGUGAGCUUUUAAUAUGUAGGUAUGUAAGUGAUUGCCGUUGAAACAGUUUAGCCGGUUAUAGCCGAAUCGACGAUAGCGCGCCACUCCUCUCUUUCCCUCGCAGUUCGGCGCCAGUUGGAUAUCCCAAGUGUAACCAGUUCGCUCUCCACCUGGUCCCUCCAACGUAGUGGAGGCCUUCCUCUUCCUCCGCUUCCUCCGGCGAGUACU